AUGGCACCAACACCCGUCCCAAUCCCCCUCUUCGCCCAAGCACAACGAGACCUUUUACUCAAAGAGCACGAAGCCGAAAAGCUCUCGUCUGCGCUCGCCGCAAGCUCGACAAACACAGUCUCGCCGGCCACGCGCCGCACGCUACAAGCCUCGGGAUAUGCACUCACGGGUAUCAUACUAUCGCAAUGCCGAACGGGUAUGGGCGGAAGAGUCGUGGGCGAGUUUGAGCCUGACGCAGCGGUGCUCUCGUCGGUGGACGGCGAAGGCGGCGACGGACAACCGCGCUUAGCUGCUCAUGGAAUUAGGGUUGGAGAUGUUGUCCGCGUUCUUGAAAUUGCGUCGGGGAAGAAACCUGGGAAGGAGAGCAAAGAUGGGUCCAAACCAGGCUCUUCGAGUAAUGGGGCCGAGGGGGUGGUUACAAAAGUGUCGGAAAAGGGUCUUUCGGUUGCCUUUGGACAGAGUGGUGGUGGUGGAUCAAAUUCAAAGGCAGAGGAAGAGGUAGUGGAUGACCUCUGGGGGAAGAAGUUGUGGCUAGUGAAACUUGCCAACGACGUGACACAUCGACGACUCAACCAGACCAUGGAGAAGAUGGAAAAAAUGACAGAAUCAGACCACACGUACUUUAUGAGGGUUCUGUUUGGCCAUCAGACGCCAUCGUCUCCUGAUUACGAUUCCAUUGGCCAGCUGGACUUUAUCGAUCCGACUCUGAACGAUUCCCAGAAAGAGGCGAUACGAUUUGCUUUGGCAUCGAAAGAAAUCUCCUUGAUCCAUGGGCCUCCAGGAACCGGAAAGACACACACUUUAAUCGAGCUUAUUCUACAACUAACUCGCCGGAACAAGAGGAUAUUAGUCUGUGGGCCGUCCAACAUAUCAGUCGACAACAUCGUCGAACGACUUACUCCUCACAAAGUCCCGAUUGUGAGAGUCGGACACCCUGCUCGACUUCUUCCGUCAGUCUUGAGCCAGUCUCUCGAGGUCCUUACGCAAACGUCAGAUGCCGCAGAGAUUGUCAGGGAUGUGAGGAAGGAGAUUGAUCAGAAACAAGCAAGCAUCCGCAAGACAAGGAACGGUCGAGAGCGACGGGAAAUAUAUGGUGAUUUGAAGGAACUGCGCAAGGAAUUCAGGCAGCGAGAGUCGAAAUGCGUCGACAACUUGGUGACGGGAAGUAAAGUAGUCCUUGCUACAUUACACGGCGCGGGCGGCUAUCAGCUCAAAACCCAGAAAUUCGACGUUGUCAUCAUCGACGAGGCCAGUCAGGCAUUGGAAGCGCAGUGCUGGAUUCCAUUAUUAUCUGCCCCGAGGGCAGUGCUAGCAGGUGAUCACCUACAACUGCCACCCACGAUCAAAUCAACAAACAUGAAAACAAAAGAGAAAUCAGAAAAUAAAAAGCCCAAAAAUACCGAGAGUGAAAAUUCGCCUGCUUUAAAGGGAAUCACCCUUGAGAAGACCAUGUUUGAUCGAUUGCUCGACCUGCAUGGCCCAUCAAUCAAACGAAUGCUGACAACUCAGUACCGAAUGCAUGAAAAAAUCAUGAGAUUUCCGUCCGAUGAGCUUUACGAGGGUAAACUUAUGGCAGCAGAUGCAGUGAAAGAGCGUCUCUUGAAGGAUCUUCCGUAUGGAGUGGAAGAUAAUGACGACACGCGGGAGCCGGUUGUCUUCAUAGACACCCAAGGGGGCGACUUUCCAGAAAAGACCGAAGACGAAGACGCCACGAAGAAGAGCAGCUUGCUCGGCGAGAGCAAAAGCAACGAAAUGGAAGCUGCAUUGGCCGUUAGGCAUGUGGAGGGUCUAAUAGAUGCAGGGGUCAAAGCGGAAGAUAUUGCCGUUGUGACUCCUUACAACGCGCAAGUAGCGCUGAUUUCCCAGUCCUUGAAGGAGAAAUACCCCGGUAUUGAAAUAGGAAGUGUGGACGGUUUCCAAGGACGAGAGAAGGAGGCGAUUGUUGUUAGUUUGGUCAGGAGUAAUGAGAAACACGAGGUCGGGUUUCUAGGAGAGAAACGUCGAUUAAACGUUGCUAUGACACGUCCCAAGAGACAUCUUUGCGUUUGCGGGGAUUCCGAAACAAUCAGCAAGGGUAGCAAGUUCCUCAAACAUUGGAUGGACUUUUUGGAAGAGCACGCUGAUCUACGAUAUCCUGACGCAAGCGAGCUACUUUGA